CUGCCAAUCACUUUUAAUGGCCGAGUGACCACGAAAAUGGAGGGCUUCUAUUCGUCAGAGUACGGGACAGACCAGAAGAUGUAUUCCACCCAUUUCGAGCCAACGGAUGCUCGAAAAGCGUUCCCGUGCUUUGAUCAUCCAGCAACGAAAGCCACAUUUGACAUCGAAAUUACUGCUGAUAAGGAUUUUACCAUCCUAUCGAAUAUGAGCGCAAAGGACGAAGUGAUCAAAGGCACCAGAAAAACGGUCACCUUCAACAGGAUGAAGAGGACCAGCACGUACUUGAUUGCGUUUGUGGUUGGCGAUUUGCAGAAAAUUACGAAGGGUCGUGUUUCGGUCUAUUCGACCUACGAUGUGGACCAGGGAAUGUAUGCAUUACAUGUUGCCGACCAGGUGCUGCAGUUUUUUGAAGAGUACUUUGGGAUUGAAUACCCGCUGGACAAGCUUGACAUGGUGGCAGUGCCAGAAUUUUCAAUGGGAGCCAUGAAGAACUGGGGUUACAACGAGGCAAACCUGCUGUUUAACAAGGACAAGUCAAGCAUGACGCAGCGUAGGCUGAUCACUGAAACAGUGGCGCAUGAAAUAGCGCAUCAGUGGUUUGGAAACCUGGUAACACCAAAGUGGUGGGACGAUUUGUGGCUUAACGAAGGGUUCGCCACCUGGGCAGCCGCACUUGGCUGUAAUGCAAUUAGGGAGAAGCAAAAGAAUGAUCCCAACAUUGUAAAUCCCACAAACACGAACGAAUUGCUCAUUGAUUGGGAGCCCUGGGUAUCAUUCAUCAGUGAUGACUUGAACAGAGGAAUGGAAUUUGAUACACUCGAUUCAUCUCAUCCCAUCAAGGUUCCUGUCUACCACCCCAGUGAAAUCAACCAAAUAUUUGACGCGAUUUCGUAUUCAAAGUCGGCUUCGUUGAUAAGAAUGGUAGAAAACUAUCUGGGAGCAGAGGUCUUCAGGAAAAAGAUAGGCAAGUAUCUGCGAAAAUACUCGUACGGUAAUGCUUCUAGCGAAG